AGUUACAGACGCGAGGCGUCCGCACUCCAGUAUUCCAGUUAAAUUCAGUUUUCCAUCGUGUAUUUUUAGAAUUAGCAUUAGAGAGAAUUCAAGUUUUAAACACGUGCCGGAUAUUAACACAUCUGAGUGGAUUUUGUGUAUUUUAAGCAUUAAAAUGUCAGUUUCUAAUUAUCUGUGACCAACGUCUUGUUACGGUGGAUUGUAGUGGUACUUGCUGUGUGUGAAAAAGUUUGCCGAAAAUGCCUCUCUUCAAAAAGAAAGCCGAAAGGAGGAAAUCCUUAUCGAGGAAGGAGAUAUCUCUCGCUCGGUUAGAGAAUUUCAGAAGGGAAGUUGUUACCGACCACCAUACCAUACAAUUGAGUGAUCUGUGUAGAAGGUUACAGACAGACAGAGAAACCGGUUUGACCGUAGAACAGGCGGCAGCAGUUCUUCAAAAGACAGGACCAAACACACUAACCCCCUCACAUAAAGUCCCAGAAUAUAUUAAGUUUAUUAAGACAUUAACUCACGGUUUUUCGUUACUAUUAUGGAUAGGUGCUGCUUUGUGUUUCACUGCUUUUAUAAUUAGAAAAUUCACAACUCACGAAAUAGAUAACGAUAAUCUUAUAUUAGGAUGUGUGCUCGUUGUUGUAGUUGUUGUUACUGGGUGUUUUAUGUAUUUCCAAGAACACAAAAGCCACAAAAUUAUGGAGUCAUUUGCAAAUAUGGUACCUCCGAAAGCGACUGUGAUAAGAGGUGGAGAAACGAUGACUAUUAUGUCCAAAGAUUUAGUUGUCGGGGAUUUGGUUGAAAUGAAAUUUGGUGACCGAAUACCUGCAGAUAUUAGGAUCAUUCAGAGUCAAGGGUUUAAAGUAGAUAAUUCAGCACUCACUGGAGAAUCUGAACCACAAUUCAGAACUAUUGAGUGUUCUAGCGAUAAUAUUCUCGAAACCAAGAAUUUUACCUUCUUCUCCACAAAUGCUGUCGAAGGAACUGCAAGAGGCAUUGUCUGCGAAACUGGUGACCGUACAGUAAUGGGAAGGAUAGCCGGUUUAACAGCUAGAUUGCAACCAAAUAAAACCCCAAUCGCUCGAGAGCUGGAACACUUCAUGAAGAUCAUUAGUGUAUGGGCAUGCUUUUUGGGAGUCGUCUUUGGAGCUGCAGCUUUAGGCAUGAACUAUUCCUGGAUCGAAGCCUCUUUAUUUCUUAUUGGUAUCAUUGUUGCCAACGUACCAGAAGGUUUACUUGCCACCGUAACGGUAUGUCUGUCUGUGACAGCAAAGCGUAUGGCAGCCAAAAACUGUUUAGUGAAAAAUUUGGAAGCUGUGGAAACUCUAGGAUCCACAUCAAUUAUCUGUUCAGAUAAAACUGGUACUCUUACCCAGAAUAAAAUGACUGUUUGCCACUUCUGGUGUGACGGCACAAUUAUCGAUGCAGACUCUACUACUCAACAAGAGGAAGCGCAAGAAUAUAAUACAUCUGAAGGUUUUCAAACUCUAAUGAGGUGUGCCACCCUUUGUAAUAGAGCAGAGUUUGUUCAUGGGCAAGAGGAUAAACCAAUUCAAUCCAGGCAAGUUAGAGGGGAUGCCUCAGAAGAAGCCAUUUUGAAAUUCGUGGAACUCAGUCAUAUACAUGGAAAUCCGACCGAUUUCCGACACAAGAAUCCCAAAUUACUUGAAAUUCCUUUUAGUUCUGUGACCAAAUACCAAAUCAGUAUUCACGCCAUGGAAGAAGGUGGUUGCCUAGUAGUGAUGAAGGGCGCCCCAGAACGCAUCUUAGCCAGGUCUUCGAAAAUGUGCACUAAAAAGGGAACUGAAGAAAUGACUGACGAUAUGAGAAUACUCUGUGACAGAGCUAUGACUGAACUCGCGGAAAAAGGAGAGAGGGUGUUAGGUUUUGCCGACUUAAUGUUGGACAGUUCUUAUACGAAGGAUUUUAAAUUCUGCGGGGAACCACCCAAUUUCCCUAGAAAAGAUCUGAGAUUUGUUGGAUUCAUGUCUCUGAUCGACCCGCCCAGACCACAGGUUCCAGACGCGGUGGAGAGGUGUAGAAGUGCUGGUAUUAGGGUGGUUAUGGUAACAGGAGAUCAUCCAAUCACUGCCAAGGCUAUUGCACAGCAAGUAGGGAUAAUAAAAGCUAAGGAAGUAAUCGAGGUAUAUAAUAUAAACACAAUAGAGACGCUACCUCCCAACAUAAAAGACAAAGCCAUAGUAAUUCAUGGCUCUGCUUUAAGAGACACCACUAACCAAGAAUUAGAUGGUAUAUUAUACAAUUUUAAAGAAAUUGUUUUUGCAAGGACUUCACCUACACAGAAACUACACAUUGUUGAAGGCUGUCAAAGAUUGGGAGAGAUAGUCGCAGUAACAGGUGAUGGUGUCAAUGACGCACCGGCCCUUAAGAAGGCAGAUAUAGGUAUCGCUAUGGGCAUAUCAGGUUCAGAAGUAUCUCAACAAUCGGCAGACAUGAUCUUACUAGAUGAUAACUUUGCCUCUAUUAUAACAGGUGUCGAGGAAGGUCGCAGAAUAUUUGAUAAUUUGAAAAAAUCUAUUGCAUAUACAUUAGCCUCUAAUGUUCCUGAAAUCCUACCAUUUUUGGCUUUUGUGCUUUUAAGCAUUCCACUUCCAUUAGGUGUUAUGGCUAUUUUGUGUAUAGAUUUACUAACGGAUAUGUUGCCGGCUAUUAGUUUGGCUUAUGAAAAAGCCGAGAGUGACAUUAUGAUGAGACCUCCAAGAAAUCCGAAAAAGGAUAAACUAGUAACGAGAAAGCUGUACUUUCUUGCAUAUGGUCACAUAGGCCUGAUUGAAGCUUUAGGGGGCUUCUUUGUAUACUUUGCUAUUAUGGCUGAAAACGGAUUUAUGCCCAUGAAAUUAUUCGGCCUUCGAGAAAAAUGGGAUUCUGAAUCUGUAAACGACCUCAUGGAUUCAUUUGGCCAGGAAUGGACUUAUGAACACAGAAAAGAACUAGAAUACACGUGUUAUACUGCUUUCAUGAUAUCAGUCGUAGUGACUCAAUGGGUUGAUUUAAUCGUUUGUAAAACUAGGAUCAAUUCGAUAUUUAAACAAGGAAUGGGAAACAUGGUACUAAAUAUUAGUUUAAUUGUGGAAACCGUAGUGGCCUGUAUGUUAUCGUACCUUCCUCACAUGCACUACUUAAAGUUCUACCCAAUACUAUUCAGAUGGUGGUGCUACUCAAUACCGUUUGCCAUAUUUAUUUUUAUUUUUGACGAGGCAAGGAAAUGGCAUAUAAGAAAAUAUCCUGACGGAUGGUACAGGAAAGAAACAUAUUACUAGAGACAUUUUAGUAUUUGUAGCUAUGUAGGUUUAGUAUAUGAACUAUAAUUAUAGUAACUAGUCAGUGUUAAGAAUAAUUUUUAAUAUCAAGUUUAAGUUAAGAAGUGUUGACUUAUUUUGAAAGUUGAAUUUAGAAUUUAGUAUGUUAUUACCGAGUUUAGUUUAAUUUAGUUAGAAUUAGAAAUCUAUUUAGUUAGUAAUUUAUUUAAAUAUUAUUUAUACUAUAAACUGCAUGUUGCACUCUCAUUAAGGACCUAAUUGACAGUAUAAAUUUGCAGUCGUAAAAGAACAAAACCAUUUUUCUAAACAUAGAAGUUAAAUUUUGUACUAGACAAUUAUAUUUUGUUAAUCUGCUUCAGUAACAAUUUUUAAUUGUUAUUUUGGUUAACUACUACAUCAAAUGCCUCUCCUAUAAAAAUUAAUAGCAGCUGCAGGUGUUAGUAACACCUUCAUAUGUAUAAGAUAAAUGUGUUCAUUAAGUAUAUGUAUGAA